ACAGCAAUGUCCACGGAUGCAACGAGUGCCCACCUUGUGGAAGGCGUUCUGCGCGGGCGGCAGUUGUUCCAGGCACGCCGCUUUUCCGCAGCCGAGGCAACAUGGAGGGAGUGUCUCCGAGCCGCAUUUGCACAAGGAAACCAUGCGGCAAUGUUCGUAUUGAGCAAGAACCUCGGAGAUGUGUGUGCGAACCACAUCGAGGCCAUCCAAUUCUUCGAAUAUGCACUCGAAGUCGCGACGACGUGCGGGGUGUUGCGCGACCCGAGACUGCGGUCCAGCAUUGCCAGCAUCGCCGUCGCGAUGCAAUCGUUGGACGAGUCCAUUGAUACAUGCGACGGUUGCGGCGCCAUCGACGUACGCGUGCUCCCGCCCACGACACAUUUCAACGGAGCAGAUUCCGUGCUCUGUUUUCGGUGCUCGGAGCUAGCACUCCAAGGCAAGGACAAUCCCGACUUGGACUCGUCGGCAAUAACAUGUGCGACCUGCGCGCAAUCCUUUCCCCACCAUGCGCUGAAACUCGACGUGGACGACCAGCACUACUGUCAUGCAUGCUUCGACGCGUAUUACGGAGAUGACGAUCCAACACCAUCUUGGGAUCUCGAAGAAGACGAAGAUGUUAGUGAUGAUGAUGGCAUGUUGUGUGCCGGCUGUCUCAGGGCCGACGGCACGCUUGAUGGCGGCAAUGGGCUCGUGUACUGCUCCGACUGCUUCAUCGCCAUCCCCUCCCACGGCCUGACUUCUGUGCCCAAGGAAGCUACCAUCCCCGCCACAACGUCAAAUGGUCGCCAUCGCGACAACAAGCCCACCAUUCCAGCUGCUGCACCGCUUCAAAGUCUAGAGUCUACACCACUGCACCACCCGAUUCUGUCAACUCCGUCGUCCGUCCACGCCGCUGGCGAAGAGAUUCCAACGACGGCGGUCCAGAAGUACACCAAGUCGUUCCUGCUGAGCUUGCGCGACUCAGCACAGUCGAAGGUCGUGCCCCGGGGUGUGGAAAUGAGCCCUGUGUAUAUCCUCGGGUCACAACAGCGAUUGAAAGGAGGACCUCUAAGAGGCAAGCCGACAGCGUCGACUAUCAUCCCAGCAGCUUCUCUAGCAACUACCACAGCCACGAAUCUUGAGAAGGAAGACCAUGAGUCCAAUGCUGUGGUCGACACAACACAAAGGAGUGCGUUGCCGAUGCCCAAGGCUGAGUUUGCUCGCCAUGUCCUAGCAGUGGACGAAGCUACAGUCGACGCGGUCCGGUCGAUUUUAAGCACUCGGUUGAAUGAAUAGACGAAAGUAACCGCGACGGUUUCAUAAACUAACUGGAAGAGAUACUAGUAUUAUGUAAAUUAGAAUAAAAACUAAACAUAAAUGAGUCCAC